AUGGCUAACGAAGAAUUUUCUGAACUUAUGGAUAUAGAUAUCGAAGAAAUUUUCCAAAAUCAGAUUAAUAAAGAAAAGAAUUCAUUAGAUAUUUCAACAUUACUCUAUUUACUUAGUGAAGCUUACCUCGAAGGAGAAAAGAGACUUAAUUUCGCCUUUUUAACUUUUAAUAAA